CCGUGCGGAGCGGAGCGGCCGGCGGAGCGGAGCCACCAUGGACCUGAGCAAGCGGCUCUCCGCCUGCUGGGAGAACUUCCGCAGGUGCUUCCAGAAGCCGGAGCCUCAGCCGGACCCAGGGAGGAGGGCGAAGACCGAGACCGAGACCGACACCCGGGUCGUGGUCAUCACGCCCCCCAGCGUGAUGGACCCGGCUCCCGUCGCCCCCCGGCCUCAGCCGCCCGGCGGAUCCGUCCGGGAGGUUUACGUGGCCCAGUACGACUACUCGGCCCGGACCAACCAGGACCUGAGCUUCAACACCGGGGACACGCUGGUGGCCCUGGACAAGAGCCCCGGGGAGUGGUGGCUGGCCCGGGCCCUGACCGGCGUGUCGGCCUCCAAGCAGGGAUACAUCCCCGCCAACUACGUGGCCCCGGUGGAGAGCCUGGACGCCCAGCCAUGGUUCUUCUCGGAGACCCGGCGGCUGGAGUCGGAGAGGCUGCUGAUGGCCGAGGAGAACCAGCACGGGGCCUUCCUCAUCCGGAAGAGCGAGAGCCACGCUGGAGAGCUGGCUCUGUCAGUGCUGGACAACGGGAAGGUGAAGCACUACAAAGUGAUAAAGAAUGAAAGUGGCCAGUACUGUGUGUCCAGGAACCGGGCCUUCAAGACGCUGAAGGAGCUGGUGGAGCACUACUCCAGGCAGGCUGACGGCCUCUGCGUCCAGCUGGGGUCUCCCUGUAAGAAGACGGAGGUCCCGUUGCCUUUCAGCAUGUCUUUUGACACAGUGGACCAGUGGGAAAUUGACCGUAAGUCCAUCAAACUCCUGAAGAAGCUGGGCGCCGGACAGUUUGGCGAAGUCUACGAGGGCCUGUGGAACGGCACCACGGCAGUCGCAGUCAAGACCCUCAAAGCCGGUACCAUGGACCGGGAGGACUUCCUGAGAGAGGCCCAGAUCAUGAAGACGCUGCACCACAAGAGGCUGAUCCAGCUGUACGCCGUCUGCACCAUGGAGGAGCCCAUCUACAUCGUCACCGAGCUGAUGGAGCACGGCAGCCUGCUGGAGUACCUGCAGAAGGAUCGAGGCAGCACGCUGCACACCUCGGACCAGAUCGAGAUGGCCGCCCAGGUGGCCUCGGGCAUGGCCUACCUGGAGCUGCAGAACUACAUCCACCGAGACCUGGCAGCCAGGAACAUCCUGGUGGGGGAGAACAACAUCUGCAAGGUGGCCGACUUCGGCCUGGCCAGGGUCUUCAUGAAAGAGAGUGACAGUGUGUAUGAAGCCAAAGAAGGAACCAAGUUCCCCGUGAAGUGGACGGCUCCCGAGGCCAUCAACGAGAACAAGUUCACCAUCAAGUCUGACAUCUGGUCCUUUGGAAUCCUGCUGUAUGAGAUCCUGACCUUCGGCCAGAUGCCUUAUCCCACAAUGACGAACUUCCAGACGAUCCAGAGCCUGAGUCAGGGCUACCGGAUGCCUUGCCCCCCCAAGUGCCCCAAGAAGCUGUACCAGAUCAUGCUGGACUGCUGGAUCGAGCAGGCCCAGGACCGGCCCACCUUCGAGACCCUGCAGUGGAAGCUGGAGGACUUCUUCGACCUGGACGUGUCGUCCUACGACGACGCCAGCCCGUAUUAGGAGGAACGCCGCGCACCCGGACCGAGGUGCCGGGUUUCGGGUCUCCUGUGGCCCGGGUGAAGGGUCUGGCUCGCCGACCCAGAUCUCCUGACUGCGGCGCUCGCUCACGUCACGCUGAAGACUCUCCUCUCUGUUGAUCUGGACCAACAGGAUCGCUCACAUUCCUCCACCGGAUUCCUCUCCUGAGACACCACGGCCUGAGUUAUGGGGCUGCAGGGGCCGGGUCCCGGGUCCCGGGUCCCAGAUCCAGGGAUCCAGGUCAGAGCAGCUCCCAGAUCCACAGGUCUCAGGCUCACUGAGUGGAGUUCGUAUCUUGAGGAGUGCCAUGAAGAAAUUCACACACACACACACACACACACACACACACACACACACACACACACACACACACACACACACACACACACGCACACACACACACGAGGCAUGUCGACCGCCCCCUGGUGGCUGCCUCAGGAAGGAUCUUGACUGGAAUCUGAACUGAUAAACUCCAUCAUUCUGACGACAGUCAGUUUUAUUUAGAAGAACAAGCGGCCUGUUAAACAUGUGAUUUCUAUCUGAGAAUUUAGGUUUGAAUCUCACAACUUCGAACAUUUCUUAAAAGAAAUGAAAUCUUGACUUGUUUUUUCUUUUCAGUCGAAGACUGUCUCACUUGUAUUUAAGAAUUCUGAUUUUUUUUUUUUUGAUAAAUCUCAUCAAUCCUAUUGAGAAAGACUUGGCUUUAUAAACCUAAUCUGAGAUUUUUUACAUUUUAAUUUUAGAACUUUUUAAAGUGAAAUUAAAGCAGAUUUUUCAGCUUAGAGACAAUUUCAAACGAAUGCUGUCUCUUGCAGAUAUAAAUCAGAAUUCUUCGAUUAAGGUCAAAAUGCUCCCGUCUCUUUUAAUGUGAUCUCCAAACAAAGCUCAGAAUCCUCAAUGCCUGAAUGUCUGGUGUUUGGAGGGUCUGAGUUGCAUUGAAGACUUUUUAUUUUUUAAGGUCAGACCUGUUUCGGAAUAAAGUGUUUUUCCAGACUUUUCUGUGGUAGCCUGAACGCCUCCUGAGCUCUGCGGUGAGUUUCAGGGAGUCGGGUCCCGGUUUCAGUCCUUUCAUCCCGUUAACCCAGACUGGUCGGCCGCUGACUCCGCCCAUUGUUUGAAAGUGCCGCCAGAAUGAAGGAGGAGCUCGUUAACCUCGGUUUUUAUUCAGAUAUUCUAAUUUCAUUACUGCUCUGAAUGUGAAUAAAGAGAAUUUGUGCACGUCUGCACCUUGUUUCCAUGCUGUGACACAGAUCAUGAAGUACUGCUCUCUCUCUCUCUCUCUCUCUCUCUCUGAAGCAGACGGUUCUAGCCGUCUGCCCUUCACUCUGUUCUGUUUGAUCCCUGCUGAUUGCUCCUUGUAACCAUGACAGUGUUUGUUUAGACGAAUCCUCGCUGCUGUACAGUCUGAUGAUGGAUGAGCUGCUUCGUCUUGAUUAAAAGUGCCAGUUGGACUCGGACUUCACGUGUCUGACUUUUCAUUUGGUGGGAUGAAGACCGGCGAUGCGUUUGGAUCGGGAUCAUGAAGCUCCCCGUCCUGAAGGCUCCCUGGGUUCUGCUGGGCUCUUGAGCCUGCUUCACGGCCGUGCUGCAGCUGAAGGUGUGGAUGUUCCUGUUUCGAUGAAACCGACCUGGAAUGCAGCAAGUCAUUUAUUAACAGAC